GUUAGCUCCGCUAACGCUGACGUCGACUUGUUCAGCAAAAUGGCGGCGUUGACAGCACUGAAGCAGGCGGACGGGACCGGUUCUUCUUUAUUAUCUCAAAAACGAACCGCAAUGAAGACGAGACGUUGCUGGACGCUUGUAGACUGCAGUGUCCUCCUGCUAUCGUUAGCUUCCAUGUUGCACUGCGCUGGGGCUGACGGUAAAACGCUGGUGCUGCUGGACAACCUCAACAUCAGAGAUACCCAUUCAAUCUUCUUCCGCAGUCUUGCAGAUCGUGGAUUUGACCUGUCAUUCAAGACCGCUGAUGAUCCCUCUCUAUCCUUGAUCAAAUAUGGACAGUUCCUCUACGACCAUCUAAUCAUCUUUGCCCCAUCGGUUGAAGACUUUGGUGGAAAUAUAAACCUGGAGACCAUAACAUCGUUCAUUGAUGGUGGAGGAAAUGUCCUGGUUGCUGCAAGUUCAGAUAUCGGUGACCCACUGAGGGAGUUGGGUAGUGAGUGUGGCAUUGAGUUUGAUGAGGAAAAGACCGCUGUAAUUGACCACCACAACUAUGAUGUUUCUGACCCUGGAGAGCACACAUUGAUUGUUGCAGAUCCAGAGAACCUGCUUAAAGCUCCCACUAUCGUUGGCAAACCCACCAACAAACCUGUUCUAUUCAAGGGUGUUGGCAUGGUUGCUGAUCCAGACAACCCACUUGUCCUGGACAUCCUUACUGGUUCUUCAACCUCCUACUCCUAUUUCCCUGACAGGCCAAUUUCUCAGUACCCUCAUGCUGUGGGGAAAAACACCCUGCUGAUCGCCGGGCUGCAGGCCAGAAACAAUGCCAGGGUGGUUUUCAGCGGCUCCCUGGAAUUCUUCAGCGACGCCUUCUUCAACUCUGCUGUGCAGAAGGCAAGACCAGGUUCUCAAAGGCAUGAACAGACGGGGAACAUGGAGCUGGCUGUGGCUCUGUCCCGCUGGGUGUUUAAGGAGGCAGGCGUGCUCAGAGUGGGAGCUGUUACCCAUCAUCCUGUGGGAGAGUCGGCUCCGCCGGCGGCAUACACAGUUACUGACCUUGUGGAGUACAGCAUCGUCAUCGAGAUGUUGUCUGAGGGCCGCUGGGUCCCUUUUGACGGAGAUGAUAUUCAGCUAGAGUUCGUCAGGAUCGACCCUUUUGUCAGAACUUACCUCAAGAAAAAUGGAGGGAAAUACAGCGUCCAGUUUAAGUUGCCUGACGUCUAUGGAGUCUUCCAGUUUAAGGUGGACUACAACCGACUGGGAUACACACAUCUCUACUCUUCCACUCAGGUAUCAGUCCGUCCUCUGCAGCACACUCAGUACGAGCGUUUCAUUCCCUCAGCCUUCCCCUACUACGCCAGCGCCUUCUCCAUGAUGACAGGACUCUUUGUCUUCAGUGUAGUUUUCCUGCACAUGAAAGAGAAGGAGAAGUCUGACUAAAGCAAAGACAACAACAAGAAUGAGACAAGAAAAAGUGUGAAAUUUUCAAAUGUGGUGUGAAGAAUUGAAACUGAAUGUCCUUUUGGGAUCUGGACUGUUAAUAUUCUGUCACUGAGGGCCUGUGACUGGGUCACGAGGGGNC